CACGCUGUGGAAGGUGUCCUAGUGUAGUACCCCUACACCUGUUCUUCAAUUUCCAGUGUGACUUCGUGUACCGGCUUGGAUUCUUCUGACUUGCAUUUGUGUUUCGCUCUCCACGCGUUUCUGGGACCACCGCACAGAAAAGGUCACGUGGGAGCCGCCACGCCCAUGACGUCGCCUGCACUUCCUGUGUGACGUACGGGAAGUUAGGCUUAUCGCUCAGCUGUGCGAGGAGGGGGCCGUGUGCCUCGAAAGUUUUUCUCGGCUGCCGUUCCCGACCACGAGUGCAAAUGAAGAGAUCCGGCCGUAGGAAGAAGAUGUCGGCUAAUUUGCCCGGCGAGUUCGCCAAGUUCGCCAAGAACAGCAAGUACUUGCGGCGGAUAUGGAGAGACACCAAAGCGUCGCUCGACGACAUCGCCAAGUGCGGCUAUUUCAGCGAAGACCAACUGGCCCAGCUGCGUCUGAAUGAGACAGAUGACCAGUUCAUCGGGAGCACAGUGACCCAGCCUGUUGCCCUGGUGGUUCUCGGCCACAGCUGCUGGGCCAAGGCACGGGUGGUCAACGAGCUGUUUGGCCAGUCGGUGCUGCCGGUCACCUCGCCUGUUGGGGACGAAAGCCAGCUCACCUGGAGAAUGGUUCGUUUCUCAGCGGGUAACCAGACAGAGAUUAGCCUGGCCUUGCCCAAUAGUUUCGAGCUGGUGGAGCAUUUGGCUGCCUAUGACCAACCCUGGAGGACCAUUCCACGGGCUGACCUUGAGGUCGAGGGCGAGGCACGCAAGGAUCCAGCCCUGAGCGCCGCUGCCCUGGAGAUCCGCAUGAAGCAUGCACUGCUUCGGGAUGAAGUGCAGGUUGUGGCCACGCCUUGCAACGACAGCCUUUCCUUUGAGCAGACCUAUCGGCGAGCCACUGAAGGCUGCACUCCGCUGCUGUUGUAUGCCUUCGCGGAGGAAGCCUUCACAGAGAAGGAACUGGCUGACCUCUAUGAACUGAAGCGAAUCGCUCCCAAAACGCCGGUGCUAUUUAUCCGGGCCAACUUGCCGGCCACGUCAGAGCUGACGGAAUCGGAGCAGCACGCUCGCAGUCUGCGUAAUGCAAGGCUUGCAGAGCAGGUUCAGCUGUGCACUGCCUAUGUUGAUGGCGAGAACAGUGGCAGCGAGGACAAACAGGCAGCGGAGACCCCCAUGCAGACCGAGGAGGAAGCCCCAAAGUCCGUGAUCACCCUGCCUGUGACGGCACAACAGCAGCUGUGCAACCUGGGCUUCCUCUCCAAGCACUUUCCAGAGAAACAGCGGCACCACGACCGGCGGAGGCCCAACAUGAGGUGCUCCAAUGGGUGCUCUCCCAGCUCCGAGCUCGUCGAGAACUUCGAUGACUUUGCCUGCAAUGUCUGCCUGUUCGUAAGGAGCGCUCUUCAGUCUCUGCUGGUGAGUGCUGCAUCGCUGCUCAACACCACGCACUUGCACUGCCUGCGAACGUUCAUCCUGACGGCGUUCGACAUGACACGGGACAUGAUGAUCACGCCCAAGCGGCUGGCAUAUGCGCGCAAGCAGGAGACGGGACUCUACCACGCGCUCAUGGAGGUGGCCAGCCACAAGCAGGAGGAGAUCCGGCAGCUCAUUGUGGGUGCCAUCGAGAACCUGCGCGGUGAGGUACUCCAGCGAGCGGCCGAGUACCACUUCGAAGGUGUCAUAGUGGAUGAAGGUGAGCAGGCUGCCCCACCAACAGCCAGCGUCCUCCAGAUGUGCACAUCCCAAAUUCAGGACCUCGUGCUGGGAAUGCUCAAUGCAGCCGUUGCCGAGAAGCUUGUCGGCUCUAUGAACUGCCUUCGUGAGAGCUUUGUGGGAACUCUGGAGAGGUGCCUAGCGAGUCUGGAAGGCGUCUGCAAAGAAGAUGACUGUAUGCAAGCCAGCAAUGCUCUCAAGCAAAUUCUCAAUGCGGCCUACCAGGUGGAGGUUACCGUGAAGACAAGCUCUUCGCUCCUCUGGGUCCUCUGGGAGAAAAUGAAGCAGCUUGUGCAGACACUACCAGGGCGUGCUCCACCACGGAUCGACGCGGAGUGGCGCCAGAGGGUGGCUGCGGAUAUGCUAGAGUCGCUGAGCGAGUGGCGGCUGGCGCGCUGCAUCUGUGCCCAGUUCCGUGAGCGACUGCGGUCCUCGCACGAGCAGUUUCAAGCUGCCAUGCGACAGCUGGAGGCCGUCCACUCCGGCCGCCUUGAGCGUACAGAGACGCAGAGGAUCAAGGUACGAAAACUGCAUGCACCGCGCCUGGCCCGCUGUGCUCUGGAGAGCACAUCUUUGCGGGACGAGAUCCUUUACGGGAUGCCUCAGCUAGGGCGUGAACUGGGCCGGGGCCAGUACGGCGUGGUGUAUUCGAGUGAACCCUGGGGUGGGCGGUCUCCAUGCGCUGUCAAGUCAGUGGUGCCGCCCGAUGACAAGCACUGGAAUGACCUGGCCAUGGAGUUUUUCUACACACGCAGUGUGCCCGACCAUGACCGCAUUGUACAGAUCCGGGGGUCUGUCAUCGACCACAACUACGCUGGCGGUACCACGCCCGCCGUGCUGCUUGUCAUGGACCGCAUGCAGCGGGACCUCUACACAGCCUUGCGAACAGGGCUCAACUGGCCAGCCAGGCUCAGGGUCGCGCUGGAUGUUGUUCAAGGCAUCCGGUUUCUUCACAGCCAAGGCCUCGUGCACAGAGACAUCAAACUCAAAAACGUCCUGCUGGACAGAGCGAACAGAGCAAAGCUGACAGACCUAGGCUUCUGCAAGCCGGAGGCGAUGAUGUCCGGCAGCAUCGUCGGCACUCCCAUCCACAUGGCUCCUGAGCUGUUCACGGGUCGCUACGACAACAGCGUUGACACGUACGCCUUUGGCAUCCUCUUCUGGUACAUCUGCGCGGGACACGUCAAGCUGCCCUACGUCUUUGAGCAGUGCCAGACCAAGGAUCAGCUGUGGUCCUGUGUCCGGAAAGGUGCUCGGCCCGAGCGGCUGCCCCAGUUUGACGAUGACUGCUGGCGGCUAAUGGAGCACUGCUGGGCCAGUGACCCCCAGCGGCGGCCGCUGCUCGGCGACGUGGAGCUUGUGCUCGAGGCCAUCUCGGAGCGACAGCAGCGGGAGGCCUCGGUCGCUGAGGAGACCCAGCAGCUCUCGGACAGCCUCUGCGCCAGCCAGCAGCAGCAGCAGAUGAGCGGCUAUGGCUACACACCCUGCCGGCCAAUCGUGCCCACCAAGGACAAAUGGAAAUGCAGAAAAAGUGCGGGGUUGCCGAACAUAACAUGCAUGCAGCGCCUUGUGGCUUGCGCUGCUGACAUCAUUGAGCAUUGUCGAAACUCUCGCAGCUUAUUUGUCGCAUCUUAACCACUGCAGGUAAAGCAAUAACCGGUGCGAAGCAUCUGCAUAUGCUCGCUAGCUUGCCAAACCUUGCACUCAUGAAUGCUUUCUCUUCUCAUUUCACUGCUUUUAGAGCCUGCUGCCUGUGUGCCUCGCAUUCAUGUUCUUGCUUGUUAUGUGGCAUGUCUAGUCUUGCAGAAGAUGCACGCGCGCUGGCCGAGCCAGUAUGACGUGAACCACCGUGCACGCUGCAUGUCUUGUGAUGGAAAGCCUUGUCUUCCUGUCGAGCUGGUGACGGGAAUUUUUGUACUUCCUGUUGCAUGCACUUCUGAAGGAAAGUCUGCAACUUCAUGUUGCAAGCAUUUCCAACAGAAAGUAACGCAGCUGCCUGUUGUAGUGAGCAUUUCUGAUGGAAAGUCUUGCGACUUUCUGUUGUUGCAAGCAUUUCUGAUGGAAUGUCCUGGAAACCUUGUUUUCUUUUUGCAAGAACUGCUAUUUGGGGGCCCCAACUAUUUGUGAAACCGGACCUGCACACUGAACGUAUUUGCGAUCACUCUGUUGAGUACUGCAGGCGUUCGUGCUGGCAACUGCAAGCCAUUUUGCAUACAUGUGCUUGACAAUGAGCUGGCAGCCAUAACAUGCUUCUUCAAUAAACCUUAAGCUGUUAUUCACUAAACUGUAAAGAAGCUAAGCAGCAAACACUAACAUAUUCAUGGGACUAACUUGGCGACCUAAACAGUACAAGUGGCUUGCGCUAAAAACCCAUUUUUUUGGUGUGGUGAGGACAUGUAACCCAAUCUUGCCAGCUCAUUCGAUUUGCACUGUACAAGUCAGUGGCCCUGAAGCUCUUGCAGCAGCCUUAUUGCAACUUUGCCUUAGCAAUUGACAUCUUUGCUCACUGGUAAACAUGCAACUACGAGCUGCUCAAAGAAACAAUCAUGUACACAAAUAUGACCAACUUUCAAGCAAAGCAAUGAAGCGCCAGAAGUUGCUCGUAGCUACAGAGGCGGCCCCCUUUUUGUAUACGACUGUGGGACACUGUGGUCAUUGUUAUAAGCAUGGUGAAUGCAUGGUUGCAUGUUGUUCACUGAACAAGUCAUUGCUCAAAGACCGCAUGUUACACACUUUUCAAGUAACCAGCCUGUGCAGUGGCCCAGGCGCACUGCUUGCUGGGAGAGACACUUGAAGUUACAUGCAGGUGUACCCAUUUAUUCUUUGCAGACGAGUACCUCCGAGAGGCAUCGAUGCAGUGACCGAAAGUGCGGACUUGUUUAUUGAAAUAUAUGCCCACCACAUGUGUUACUAGACGAGCCCACGUUGUUUCUUCUACCCUUUUUGUCUUUCUGUCGUUCUCUUUUAUUGUAUUUUAUUUUCCUAAUGUAUUUACUUGUAUGUUCAGCUAAAUUGACGCGAGCUUCCGCGCACACAAGCAGACACGUGGAACGUUUCUACCGCUACCACCCUGAUCAUGACGAAGCAGGUCUGCAUGAAAGUCCUGCUUUUUUUGUACAUAAGAUUAUUUUAUAUUUCAUGUACAUAAUGUAAUAAAAAAAGUUAGUGUAGUUGUGUAUGUGUUUCGUGUUCCUGGUUUUAAGUACUAAUGAUGUGCAAUCUGUUAAUAGCACAUGUGGAAUAGUGGAAAAAUGUGCACAAAAUAAAGCAUUUUGAACAUGUU